CUUUAAAGUAAAACAUUGACAACUAUACAAACUUUAACAAAAUGUUCAAAUUUUUAUCUGUAUUUGCUUUGGUUGCUGUUGCUUCAGCUGCUCCUGGUUUUAUCACAGAAUCUCAUCACUCCUUUGUACAACCUGCUGUUUUGACUAAAACUGCUGUUGUUGACACAAGUGCUUCAUCGGCCAUUACCCAUCAAAGUUUCACCAAUUUGGAGAAAAAAGUACCAGUUGUUCACACCUAUGCUGCUGCUGCACCUGUUGUAAAAACUGUUCACACUUAUGAGUCUGCUCCUGUAUUGAAGUCUGUUUCUUAUGACUCGGCUCCUGUUGUUAAGACUGUUCACAGUUAUGAGUCAGCUCCUGUAGUGAAAUCUGUUUCCUAUGCUCCUGUUGUAAAAACUUUCGCUGCCUCCCCAGUUGUUCAUACUUAUGAAACUGCUCCAGUUUUGAAAUCAGUUUCAUAUUCUGCUCCUAUUGUUAAAACUGUUGCUGCUGCUCCUGUAGUGCACACUUAUGCUGCUGCUCCCGUGGUGCACUCUGCUCCUUUCGUAAAGACUGUUCAUCAUUCUGCUCCCGUUGCCUAUACCAGCUACCACCAUUAAGUUUGUUAAAUUUUUGAGGAUUUUAAAGAAAAUGUGAUAUUGAAAAUAAAAAUUGUUAAAAAAAA